UCAAGGAUAACAAUUUGCUUUAGUGGGCUGUUAGUGCAGUAAAAUGUUGCUGACUUGAGAUUUUCAAGAUACUACCACCACUGGUCAACAUUUUAGGUCUCAAGAGUUUAUUUUGAUUUGCUUUGUUCUGUUAUUUCUUGAAAAAACAGUAAGUUGUCAGUAUCAGUUCUUGCUUAUCCAAGAUAUCUAAAGUCUGAGAAACUUGUCCAAACGUGUGGGGUUUUUUUUCUGUUGUUGUUCCAUGCAUGCACGACUAUAAGUGCUUUGUACGAGGGGUUUCAGCUCAGGUCCAUUCCAAGGCCCAUUGUUAUGCACAUUCAGUAGACUGUAUCCCUGUAUAACUGGGCUUAGGAUGGGCGGGAGGUGGUAAUGUGGGGGAUGUGUCCAAGGACCCUGAUAAGAAGGGGGAGGAAGGCCUGCUUCAGGUUUGUGUACCCGACUGGUUGAGCUCAAGUCCUGGACAGUCGUGGAGGAGUCUGUUGUUUUAAUUUCCGCCAUGUCCGUGGUUCAAACACAGCUUUCCUCGUGGUCACAACCUUUUCAGAGGCCUUUAUACGUCUAUGGUGGGCUGGUAUGCAACUCCCUGAUGGCCGACUACUGGUCAGACAGAACUCCUCUCCAUGAGGCGGCCUACCAGGGCAGACUGCUCCACUUGAGGAGCCUCCUCGCUCAGGGUUUUCAUGUGGACACUCUCACCAUGGACAGAGUCUCUCCUCUCCACGAGGCUUGUCUCGGAGGCCAUUAUGCUUGUGCCAAGUUCCUUCUCGACAACGGGGCCAAUGCCGAGGCAGUAUCAACAGAUGGCGCCACACCACUCCUGAAUUCUUGCAGAAGCGGGAGUGCAGCUUGUGUCAGGCUCAUUUUGCAGCACAGCACCUCCAUCGUCAGCACUCAGCUGGCAUCUCCCAUCCACGAGGCUGCAAAGAAAGAUCACAGAGAGUGUCUGGAGCUGCUGCUGUCCUGUGGGGCCCCUAUUGACUUGGAGCUGCCAGAGGUGGGAACCCCCCUAUAUACUGCCUGCGUGGCACAAGCUGUAGCUUGUGCUGAGGUGCUGCUACAUUCAGGAGCAGAUGUUCAAGCAGGAUGUGGGCAGGACAGUCCUUUACAUGCUUCGAUUCGGGGUGGAGGAGUGAAGGUGGUGGACCUGCUGCUGGACUUCGGGGCUGACAGGUGCUGCAGAAACGCAGAGGGGAAGACUCCUCUGGAUCUGUCAACGGCUAACAGCGCAGUGAGAUCGGCACUGCAAACAAGAGGUCCUUGCUCUCUGUCUCAACUCUGUCGCUUCUGUAUUCGCCGAAGUCUCGGAAAGAAUCGUCUGCAAAGAGCCUCCAGCCUCUAUCUUCCUCACAGUGUCAAGGACUUUCUUCUCUACCAGUAAGGUGUCACCAUCUUGAUUGUGUGUUUUCUUCACUCAGUUACAUGUGAAAUACAAACAGUGUCAUUCUGAGAAUGGGACAUGGUUUUACUCUGUAUGUUAUAAUACAACUGUGUCUAAUUUUUUUAAUAAUUGCUCUUCAGAGAUUAGUUUAAUAAAUGUUUUGGAUUUGGAUUUAAAGUUUGGAAGAUCCAGGAUAGGUUGAAUUGAUCUUGCAGAGACUGUUAUGUGCCAUAUUUUGCAUUUUUUUACACUUAAGUAAAUUAAGUUUUCCAAUUCCUAUGGACUUUAUUCUACAUUUUUACACAUCAAACUCUUUUUUAUAUGCACAUGUGGGAAUUUUCUUCAUUUAACACCUUUUAUCACUAUCAACCUAAACCAAUAGGCUGUAUUAAACCUGAAGACUGAAAGCAAGAGGUUGAGUUGCAUUGUGGUUAAUGUUGCUGCCAGGUUUCUAAGACAAAAAGUCCACUGAAUACAUUAAGUACUCCUUAAAGAUUAGAUGUAGGCUAUAGUAAUACCACAGAAACAGACAUAUUAAAACGUGACUGUAUGUUGUGUUUUGCCAACGCCUUUUCCAACAUGUUGUAUUCGUGUGUAAAUCUUUAAAUCACGUGAUGAGGUUUGAAUGAGGAAACUGGAAAAGACCUCAGACGUGAAGUUAAUGACAUGAAAAAUAUGGAAAGGUUUUAUCGAAUAAAGUGAAGUGUG